CGAAUCUGGUCGGAUCAUCAUCCGGAUAGUAUGAACCGACUCGAGGUCGUCGCCAAGCACGUGAUGCCUGCGACCGCGCCCGUGACCUCGCACGUCUUGGACACGUCCCGUGGGCGCCCCGCCGCCGACAUGCGCGUGGAGCUCGAGCGGGAGACGGCGCCGGGCGUCUGGGAACGCAUCGGCGCCGGCGUCACCAACGCCGAUGGACGCGUGCCUGGCCUCACGACGCCGGGCCAGGACGUCGGUGGCACCUGCCGCAUUACCUUCCACACACAGGCGUACUUUGAACAAAACAACGUCGCCGAGUUCUUCUACCCGAGCGUGACCAUCGCCUUCCGCAUCACCGAGGUCGGCGGCCACUACCACGUCCCGCUGCUCAUCAACCCGUUCGGGUACUCGACGUACCGCGGCAGCUAACUUCAUUAAUCCACCACGUCGUCAUGGCGCAUGCAAGAGCACAGUGG